UAUAAAGCUCAAAUUACGCCAUCUUGUGUUUAAACUGUGCAAUAAUUAGAAGCUAGCCGUCCAGGAGAAGGGGAUGUGUUUGGCGUGCCGUAUUCCCCUCAAACGGAACGAAUUAAUGAACCUCUGUGUACAUAAUAUCAUUUUUAUAAUAUAAUUGUUGAUUUUUAUAAGAGACCGCAUUUGUUUGAAGGAAAUUUUUUUGUCAAUAUUAUAAUGUUAACCUGCGAAGCACACGAUUGUCUUUCGAGUCAGGAUACGAAAAUUGACGGAAAAGACAUAUCAUUUUUCCCUUUUCCCGACGACGUUCUUCAAAGGAAUCAGUGGUUAAAAAAUUGUCAGUUAGGUGACACUGCUAAAAGCGAUAAACCACUCUACCUUUGUGAACUACAUUUUGAAAAAAUGAGUUUUACAAGUUCAAAGGAGUUAAAACCUAAUGCUGUUCCAACUAUUUUUGAUAAAGUAGAAGAAGGACAGAGGAAACGUAAGGCUGAAAGCGUACCCGAAACUGGCUCCAAAAGGCCCCCGCUAAAACAGAAAAAAUGGAACGAAGAUACGCAUAGUUUAGUUACUCCACCUCAAAGCCCCUGUGCUCAAUUAAUAGGAAAUGUCGAAGAGAUGAAUGGAGAAGAUAAAAUGGAUGUAUCUUUUGGUCACGAUAUCUCAUUGAACGGAUCUACUCUUUUAAAGUCUGAACUAUGUCACGACGUGGAAAUAGGAAAGAAACAAUAUCGUUUGACGAUACAAAUAGAUAAAAUUUAUGGUAAGCCGUGUCCUAGGUCAAAGAAGCUCAUGAUAUUGGCACAGUUAAAGAAAGAAAGGUUACAACUUUCCAAUAAUGUAAUUAGUAUGGAUCAGAGAGAUCUAUCUUUACAGAAAGGUAAUAGAAAAGCAGUUUGCGUAAAGGGUGGAUGUAAGUUGAAAAAGUCUGUUUACGAAUCUCAGCCAGCUUUUCAGUGCGAACACUGUGAUAAGUAUUACGUAAUGAAGAAGUGUGAUAAUCAAACAGAGAAGAAUAAUAUUUGUGCUAUAUGUUACAAGACUUUUCCAUCUCCGCAAUCUCUGUACCUUCACACUAAAAGUCAUUUUAUGUGCGAUAUGUGCCAAACCGAAUGUAGCUCGCAAGUUACUUACGAGAAACACAUAAGAUUACACGUUAAUUCAGAUUCGUUGUAUCCGUAUAAGUGUCACCAGUGUACAGAAAUAUUUGAACUGAAAGAAGACGCGAGGCAACAUUAUUUAAUCGUUCAUCCUACGAUAAAAUUACAAAAUACAAUUUUACAAGUGACUGCUUCGCAUUUAACCCAACAAGUACCUCAACAACAAGAUUAUCGUUGCAUCAGUUGCAACAUAACGUUUAGGAACGAACAAGCUUAUAGGAACCAUAUAAGUUCUCAUAAAAAGAAGGAAGGCUUGAGGUGUAGUAUUAGCGAGACGAAUAAUAUAUUUCCAGUACCCAAUCCUCUAACCGGUAGUCAAAUAGGUAUACUUCGAGCUGUAAAAUUCACCUGCAGAGUGUGUUCGAUGGAAUUCGAUAACGUCGGCGAGGUCGACAAACACACGAGAACACAUUUAGAAGAAGAUAACGAAGAGGAACGCAAGUGCAAUAUUUGUAAAAAGCUAUUUAAAACGAGUGCACGGCUCAACGAACAUUUAAAGUUCCAUCUAUCGCGAACGCAUUCUUGUCCCGUAUGUUCCAAAGCUUUUAUUAAUAGAACUACCCUGAAAAUACAUUUAAAGACGCACGGUGAAGCAUAAAUCGUAGUAAUAAAUUUAUUGAAAAGUUUUAGCGCGAGUGUGAAAUUGUGUAUUCACUGGUUUCACUUCUAAAUGCGUCUACGGCGAUGUGUCGCAUCUGUCGCUACCCAUAGAUGGAAAAUUCUGUAUAAUGUGUACAAAAUUGUUUGUUAAUUUUAUUGGUAUUUGUAGCCAAUGGCAAAUGUACGAAAGAUUAUGUAUGUUAACGAAGAAUUAUUAAAUUCUUGAACAGUAAACCUUCAACG